AUGUCUCAAAUGCACAAUACCGUGUUUUACAAGGACGCUUUGGAGGGACAACAUAACGAUUCCCAAUCGAUGGAAGAUCUGGAACCCAACUAUAUCGACAACCUGCACAUCAUAUUCUUCGAGCAGAUCUUCGAGGAGAUCGAUAACUUGAGCGAUCAGGUUCGCAUGGCUCGGGCCUAUCCGCAGUUCAUGCCCCAGAUCCUCAAGUUCUGGCAGAGGAGACUGCACCUGAUCGUGGGACCUAACACUCCCUUCCUGGGACUCCUGGACAUCGAGGACUACGUGUUCUUCAUGGAGCACAUGGCCGACAGCUUCACCGAUCUGCAUGUUCACGAUGGCGUUGGCUCCUUCUCCGAAUUCUACGACUACAUCACACAUUUGUGCGACAUCAACAUCACCAGGUUUCCCAAAGUGGACACUUGCAUCCUGGCCGGAAAUCCCAAUACAGUGGUCGAUGAGGAUAUCAGGGAUCUUACCGUAAUGCUGCCCAAUCUUAAGCGUCUGAUGACCUGCAUGAAUCUAUCUGGCUUGUAUAUGCGUGGAUUCAGGAAGCUGGAGGAGCUGAUCUUCAACUCAUUGUACCACUCGGUGCCACUGGACAGCCGCUGGAUGCAGGAGAUCUGCCUGAACAUGACCCAGCUGAGGGUCUUGGACAUCACCGAUCAGUUCGACAGUUGCGUGAGGCUGACAGACAUUAAGUUGCCCAAUCUGGAGGUGCUAAAAAUCAACCUGAGUACCGUGGAAGGAAUGCUAUCGCAGGUUCUUCAGCUGCCCAAGUUGCAGAAACUAUCCGUGCGGUUCGACGACUCCCGGCAGCUGAAUGCCGAUGAGGAGACCAUUUUCCAGCAAAUUGUGGUGGCCAAGAGCGAUAGGAUCACCAGGAUAGCCCUGAACCAGGAGGUGGUGCAACUGCCAGCUCGCUGGCAACAUAGUCUCCUUCUGGAGCUGCCCAAGCUGAGGCGGGUGAUUUGCGAAAACUGGGGCCACAACGAUUUCUUCCUGGAUAAGCGACACAUGCCGUGCCACCAAAUGGAGGUGAUCAGCUUCAGUGGCUGGGAGAUUGUGCGGGAAAAUCAGCUAAUGGAACUGGUGGCCGAGUGUGUCAACCUGGAGCACUUGGCUCUGAACGGCUAUCACAGCAACUGGGAGAAGCUCAACAAGCUGGUGAAUAUUCGCAAUCAGGAGAGGAACCCCAGACCUCUGCAGGUCUUCAGCGACAUGAUGUGGGGCAACUUUACACCCGAGGAAUACUAUCACUGGCAGUGCAACAAAUACGUUCAGGUCACCUGCGACAGCAGUGAAUACGAGUACCAGGAGGAUGGCUUCGAGUUCGAUUUUGAGUGA